AUUUAUCUUCCAGAAAAGAAGAGAAGAAUGCGAGCGGAAGGCGAGGAGGGGGGAGAUGGACCCCCGGCUGGAGUUCACCUUCCAGCUCCUAAUAGAUGGCACCGGACUUCCUCGCCAUGCCAUCAUGGAUCAUGUAUUCGAAGGAAAUAUGUUGGAUGACAUCAAUCAACUCUUCCUUCCACACAUGAGGAACAAGCUCCUAUGGUACUACCAGGACGUGGAAGAGAUCGAACAUCGGCCGAUCCCAGAAGGCACAAAGAAAGGUCAGGGGAAACCACCGCCUCCAAUAAUAACUUUGAAGAAGAAGUUGUUUCUUUCGGACGGUUGGGAUGUACGAUUUACAGGCGUCUGUAUUUACAUGUUCCGUAUAAAUGUCAGCAAGCAACUGCCAGAAGAAGGGUUUCAUAAAGAUCUUUUUUGUGGUAUACUGAACGCUCAACGAGUUGGUUUAGUGACGGCUAUAGAACGAGUCAUGGAACAUGUGUACAUGAACGCGCUGGCACAUCCUAGCAGCGACGGGGAAGAAGACGAAACGAGAUUUCCCAUUGUGAAGAACCAACUGUUGCCAGGGCUGAGGUCUUUCUGCAGCGCUCUAAAAGUAUGCGAGGAUGUAUGCAACCAAGUGAACCUCUUCGAUGAUGGCCAAGCUCAUAUGGCAGAGCUUCAGGAUCACACCCAGCUUAAAGACAUGGCAAAGAACCCCACUACUAUCACUAUGCUAGAAGAACGAGUCAACGAGUGGAUCAAAAAAGUUAUGGAAAUACUAAGUGAAAGUGAACAACUAAGACGUGAAGUGGACUCCAGUGGCCCACAAGAUGAAUUAGAGUAUUGGAAGAAAAGAGGUGCUCAAUUCUCACAGCUGGUUUCAUAUUUACAGGACAACGAAGUCCAACUCACAUUAAGUUGCCUGCAAAUUGCAAAUUCGAAAGUAAUCAAGCUCUGGCGAGACACUGACCAUAAGAUAACUUUCUGUUACAACGAAGCAAAGGAUAAUGCAAAGUUUAUACAAGCUAUGGAGAAGUGCUGCCAUUCGUUGUAUCUGGACGAUCCUGUGAAGAUUAAGGACUCCAUACUAAGCUUAUUGCAGACUGUUCGGCUUAUACACAGCGUGUCUCAGUUCUACAACACGUCAGAAAGAAUAUCCUCCUUGAUGGUGAAGAUAACCAAUCAAAUGAUAGAAACGUGCAAGCAGUACAUCACUUGCCGCUUCAAGGAAACUAUAUGGUCUCAGGAGCGGGCUUUAGUUCGAGACAAAUUAAUCCAUUGCAUCAAUUUAAACAGGACUUACAGAGAGACUUAUCUGUUCGUCAAAAAUCAACCGUUCUUACCAAACACAGAGCAAUUUAGCUUUUCCGAGAAUUACGUCUUUGGAAAAUUCGACACGUUUUGCAAGAGACUCAACAAAAUAAUUGCUAUGUUCGACUUGAUGAACGAUUAUAAUAACCUGUUUGAAAAGAGGAUGGAGGGUUUAUUGUUAGGAGAAGGUCACAAACUAUCCGCACCUGUACUAGGGCGCCAUGUCUGCGAGGAGAUCACGCUUCACACUGUUUUAGACUUUAUGUCGACGGAAUAA